AUGCUUGGGAAUAACUACAGAGAAGAAUGCAACCUCCAGAACUAUGGGCUCUGCUGUGACACUCCACAGCAGUCACAAGAAAUCCAUAUUACCUGUUCUACUUCUCUUCUCAGGUCUAAGGACACCAGAAAAUACACUGUACUGGUGGGAUCGCUUCAGGUCUUUGGUGGUCCAGACUCCAAAACAACAAUAAUACCUGUGUCCAGGAUUAUUCCCCACCCUGACUUCCAGGGAAACACAUCUACUGCCAUUGCUGUGGCAGAACUGGCUUACCCAGUUUCUUUUAGCCCUGCUGUCCUGCCCAUCUGCCUUCCCGCAUUGGCAGUCCAGCUGAAGAACUCAACCUCCUGCUGGGUGACUGGAUGGGGCUAUUCUGGGACAUACCAAAAUAGGAAGCCAUCUUACAUAUUGAAGGAGCUAAAAGUGCUACUCAUUGAUCCCCAGACAUGCAGUGACUACUAUCAAAAAGAAAGCUUGCUGCGUGGAGUCAAGUCCGUCAUCAGUGAAGCCAUGAUCUGCUCCAAGCUCCCAGCAGGGAAGAUGGAUCAGUGUAUAUUCACUGAAUUCUGCCUCCACAGCCCUCAUACUCUACAACAAUUGGUACAGAAAACAAAAGGCUCAGAGAACUCUGCAGCAGGUGCUGCGCUGCACCACCCAGACCCUCUUUCAGGACUGAAGCAUCCGUUCUCAUGGCAACCAAGAAUGUUUGCUGCUGACAGUGCACAGCUAAGUGUGAUUCCAACAACUGCCAACAGAGCCACCUCAUCUAAGGUGAUGCCACCUCCUUGGAGGCAGUCUGCAGCAAAUCAUGCAGAAGUCCAAGUGCCCAGUCUUCUUGUUUUAGUUCAGGGCAUCUUUGAAGGGCCACCCUGGCUCCAGAGAAACUUGUGA